AUGGAUUCUAUCAAUAGUAAUAAAAAAAUUACAGGAUCAAGUACAACAGAAAUAGAAACUGAUAAUGUGGUAGAAUAUUUCACAGAAGGUAAAGAAAAAUUAUCCUCGACGUUGCAAGACGACCAAUCGGUUGAGUCCUCAUCCAACGAUGACAACGAAAAUAGUAAUAAAAAAUACUCCAUCACUCAACCUCACUUAAGAAAAUUCAUCGACUCCUUUAAAAAACCAGAUCAUGUCGUUAGAGACCUGGAAGAUCCGAACGAUAUGGAUUCUGCCGACAAUGGCGAAGGGAAAUUGAAAUCAACUAUUAAACCUCGUCACGUCCUGAUGAUGUCCCUAGGGACAGGGAUCGGGACAGGUCUGUUGGUUGGUAACGCUACCGCUUUAGGAAACGCAGGGCCAGCUGGUUUGGUCAUCGGGUACGCCAUUAUGGGUUCUUGUCUGUAUUGUAUUAUCCAAGCGUGUGGGGAAUUGGCCGUGUGCUAUUCAAAACUACCUGGUAAUUUUAACGCUUAUCCAAGUUUCUUAGUGGAUCCUGCCUUGGGGUUCUCUGUCGCCUGGGUCUAUUGUUUGCAAUGGCUUUGUGUCACACCUUUGGAAUUGGUUACAGCUUCAAUGACGAUUAAAUAUUGGACUACUAAAGUGGAUCCCGACGUGUUUGUAGUGAUCUUCUACGUCUUGAUUAUUAUCAUUAAUAUCUUUGGUGCGCAGGGUUACGCUGAAGCUGAAUUCUUCUUCAACUCGUGUAAAGUUUUAAUGAUCUCAGGGUUUUUCAUUCUGGGGAUCAUCACGAUUUGUGGGAAAGCGGGUAAUGACGGCUAUAUUGGCGCCAAAUAUUGGCAUGAACCAGGUGCGUUCAAUGGUGAACACGCAAUCGACAGAUUUAAAGGUGUCAUGGCCGUCUUCGUUAGAGCUGCUUUCGCAAUGGGUGCCUCGGAAUUUAUCUCCAUCACGGCUGCCGAGCAAUCGAACCCAAGAAGAGCUAUUCCAAGAGCUGCUAAGACCAUGAUUUAUAGAAUCGUCUUCAUCUUCUUGACCUCCAUCACCUUGAUUGGGUUCUUGGUACCUUACGAUUCUGAUCAAUUAAUGGGUUCAGGAAGUUCUGCUACUAAAGCAUCACCUUACGUUAUUGCCAUUGCAUCACACGGUGUUAGAGUUGUACCACACUUCAUUAACGCAGUUAUCUUACUUUCUGUGUUAUCCGUUGCAAACUCUGCCUUCUACUCCAGUUCUCGUCUUUUGCAUUCUCUAGCCGGUCAAGGUUACGCUCCAAGAUUCUUUAGUUAUUUAGAUAGAGAAGGUAGACCUUGUAUUGCUAUGAUUUGCUCUGCAUUGUUCGGUGUCAUCGCUUUCUGUGCUUCUUCUCCAAAGGAAGAACAAGUAUUCACUUGGCUAUUGGCCAUCUCGGGUCUUUCUCAACUUUUCACCUGGAUCACCAUCUGUUUCUCUCAUAUGCGUUUCAGAAGAGCCUUGACUGUACAAGGCCGUUCCGUGGACGAGCUGGGUUACAAGUCGCAAGUCGGUGUCUAUGGAUCAGCUUAUGCUGCCACAAUGAUGAUCCUGGCCUUGAUCGCUCAAUUCUGGGUGGCCAUUGCUCCUAUUGGCGAGGGGAAGUUGGAUGCUCAAGCGUUUUUCGAAAACUAUUUGGCUAUGCCGAUCUUGAUCGCAUUCUAUUUCGGUUAUAGAGUUUGGAAGAAAGAUUGGUCUUUAUUCAUUAGAGCUGAUAAAAUUGAUUUAAUUACUCACAGAAAGAUUUUCGAUGGUGAUUUAUUGAGACAAGAAGAAGAAGAAUUGAGAGAAAAAUUGAAAAAUGGACCAUUCUAUAAAAGGGUCAUUGAUUUCUUAUUCUGA